AUGAAAUCUCAACAAGAAGGAAAAUUUCCAAGUGACACAGAAGUCAACCUAAGGGAGCACUGUAAGGCCGUUGUACUGAGGAGUGGCAAACAAGUUGGAGAAAGUGAACCCGCAGAAGAGAGCAACUCCCCACCUGACAAGGAGGAGGAACAAGUGGUAGUAGAGCAAGAAAAGCAGACCAAAGGAACAAAGACAGCUCACAGACCUUAUUCAAUAUCCUUCCCUUAUAACCCACCAAUUAUCACACCACCACUUCCAUUUCCACAGCAGGAAUGCAGCGCUAUACUUCAGAAGAAACUACCUCAAAAGAGAAAAGAUCCGGGCAGUUUCACUAUUCCCUGCACCAUUGGAAGCUCCUCUUUUGACAAAGGCCUUUGUGAUCUUGGAGCAAGCAUCAACCUGAUGCCAUUAUCAAUUUUCAAGAAGUUAGGCCUCGGGGAAGUCAAACCAACAACGGUAACUCUACAACUAGCUGAUAGGUCCCUCACCUACCCACGAGGGAUUAUUGAAGACGUGUUGGUAAAGGUCGACAAAUUCAUCUUCCCAGUUGAUUUUGUGGUAUUGGAUAUGGAAGAAGAUCAGGAAAUCCCACUGAUUUUUGGCAGGCCAUUUUUAGCAACUGGAAGGGCAUUAAUUGAUGUACAAGGAGGACAUUUGACAUUGAGAGUGAAUGAAGAAGAGGUGAGGUUCAACAUUUACCAAGCAAUGAAGUACUCAGAUGAUAAUGACACUUGCCACAGGAUUGACUUCAUUGAUUCUGCUGAUGCGCAGAAUGCCAUUUCGGGCGUACCAGGCGCCGCGGCGCCCAUCUUGCUGAAACAAGCAGAAAGUCAGCGCCCAGGCGCCGCAUUUCAAAACAAAAGGAAAUUCUGA